AUGUGGGAACUUCUAUACCAUUUACCACCACUCGCCGCAGAGAGCAGCUUAUCGGGCGCUUCAACCAUCGGUCUCGCCGCGACCGCUAUUCUGACAUGCGUGAUAGAAUAUGCACCGCUUGUCUGGUUACAUAGCCAAGAUCUAAUGCACACCAUCCCAAUGGUCAAUUGGACGUCUAUCCCUGGAUCACAAUCGCCGUUAACUCUGGACGACCUCGCAAGCCUCAACAGUAUGGGCAAUACCAGUGUGUAUCUUACAUCCAAAGAAGGGAUUGAUGCAAACCCACAGCCACAUUGGUUUUAUGGCGUGGAGCCAAGUGUCAAUGGCGUGACUGAAGUAUUUGGAACAUUGGAUGCCUUCUACUUUUACUUUUUCGCGUACAAGCAAGGCAACACGGUACUGGGUAUGCAACUCGGCAACCAUGUCGGGGACUGGGAACACAACAUGGUUGGCUUCGAGCAAGGAGCCUUCACCUACGACGCAACAGAGAAAAAGGGAAAGAGGCCCAUCGCAUAUUCUGCAAAUGGGACACAUGCUGUAUAUGCAAUUGCUGAUUCUCAUGAUCAUACUAUCCCCAAUUUCAAUCUUCCCACAGGGUUGAUAGUUGACUACACAGAUCGGGGUUUAUUGUGGGACCCUGCUCGAAACGCGUAUGCAUAUAGUUACGAUGCCACGAGCCAGAAGUUCCAGCCUUAUGAUGCUAGCUUUCCAGUUAACUGGCUCGAAUACAAUGGUAAAUGGGGGAACGAUGCGUUGCCGGGCGGACCGGAGCUCUUCGGACAAGCAAAAUAUACCGGUGGCCCGAAUGGCUCCAGGUUCAAACACCUCGUUCGAUCCAAAGUAUGCCCGAGAAGUCCAUGCACGAUUCUUCCGAAAGCGAGAAUUGCGUGA